AUGAGUUUCAUUCAUGAUUGUCCAACAGGUCGACUUGAUAAAAAAAAAUUCGUUGAGAUGUAUCGACAAUUUUAUCCAAACGGUAAAGCAGAUAAUUAUUGCAAAUAUGCAUUUAAUAGAUUUGAUACCAAUAAUGAUGGUACAAUUGAUUUUCAAGAAUUUCUUUUAGCUAUCGCGGCUACGAGUCAAGGUCCUCUUGAUGAUCGUCUUACUGCUGUGUUUAAUAUGUAUGAUUUUUCCCAUAAUAGAGUAAUCGAUCAAAAAGAACUGACUACAAUAAUCACAGCUAUGUAUGAUCUUGUUGGUGAAACUGAUCGUAAAGAUGAUCAUGAUCCAAAAAAAGUUGCUGCAGAUAUUAUCGCACAACUUGAUCUUGAUGGUGACAAGAAAUUGAAGAUAAAUAUGCUUAAAACAGUUACCAAAUAUACUGAAAACGAAAUUCGACAAUGGCAUGAGGGUUUCAUUCGUGAUUGUCCAAAUGGUCGAUUGGAUAAAAAACGAUUUAUUCAAGAUUAUCAGAAAUUUCAUCCCGAGGGAAAAGUAGAUAACUAUUGCAAAUAUGCAUUUAAUACAUUCGAUACCAAUAAUGAUGGUACAAUUGAUUUUCAAGAAUUUUUGCUAGCCAUUGCAGCUUCAGUUCAAGGCUCUAUUGAUGAUCGUCUUGGCUUUGCUUUUGAUGUUUAUGAUAUCUCACAUGAUCGAGUAAUCGAUCAAAAAGAACUGACUGCAAUAAUCGUAGCUAUAUAUGAUCUCCUUGGUGAAACGGAUCGUAAAGGUGAUCAUGAUCCGAAAAAGGUUGCUGCAGAUAUUAUAGCACAACUUGAUGUUAAUGGUGACAAGAAAUUGAAUAAGGCUGAAUUCAUUACUGGAUGUAAACACAAUGAGUCUGUUGCUCGGUUACUGGCUCCUAGUAUUUAA